CGAAGGGUGUCAUGAUUUUGAGCUCCAGAAUUAUUAUUUAGAAAUUUUCAAGCCAAAUUAGAAGUGUCCAAAAUUAAACAAAAUUCAAAAUCCCAAAAAAAAAUGUCCGCCUAUUCCCUGACCGAUGAGCAAGAGCGCCACUUCAAGCACAUGUUCCAGGUGUUCGACAAGGAUGGAAACGGUUCGAUAACGACGAAAGAGCUAGGAUCGAUAACGCGGGCCCUCGGGAUGAAUCCUUCCCAGGCCGAGAUCGAACAGAUGAUCUUCGAGGUAGAUCUGGACGGCAGUGGCACCAUCGAGCUGGAAGAAUUCUUGACGCUGAUGGCCCGAAAGAUACGUCACGAAUCGUCGGCCGAGGAACUGAGGGCGGCUUUCAAAAUAUUCGACAAAAAUGGAGAUGGUUUCCUGUCGGUCGAUGAGCUGUCCGUUGUGAUGAAAAGUUUCGGGGAACGUUUGACCGAUGAGGAACUGGAGGAUUUGCUGGCCGAUGCGGACGUCGACGGAGAUGGGAAGAUCAAUUACGAAGAAUUUGUGGCGAUGCUUAUGAAAUAAAAUAAAUCACUUUUCGGUAAAUGCCUAUUAGGAUACUAUUUAUCUGCGUUUGAAUUUCGGAUAUAUGACAAAGGAAGUUAUCCUUGUA